UGCGACAUUUCCCAGCGGCGCGCCGGUCACCUGGGGGAGGGUCUGAGAGUAUAAAAGGGAGGCGCUGAGGCUGUGGAGGAAGCGCGUUCCCGAGAGUUGCCGCGAGAUCUGCACUGCUUCAGGGGAAGACUCUGGACUCACACUGUGUGCUGUGCCUUACAUCGUUUUCAACUGCGAAAAUGACCAAGCCGAGAAGUUUCUGCGCCCCGCUGCUGCUGUUCCUGGUGUGGCGCGCAGGGGAGCUGGCGGAAGCCUGCAGCUGUUCUCCUAAACAUCCGCAACAAGCUUUCUGCAGCUCCGAUGUCGUCCUCCGAGCCAAAGUGGUUGGACGGCAAGUGAUUGUCACAGGCAAUGACCUCUACGGCUCUCCAAUCAAGAGGAUCCAGUAUGACGUUAAACAGAUGAAGAUGUUCAAAGGACCUGACCGUGAGAUUGACGCUAUCUUCACUGGCCCAACGUCUGCUGUGUGUGGCGUGAACCUGGACAUCAAUGACAAAAAGGAAUACCUGAUUACAGGUAAACUGGAGUCUGAUGGCACGAUGCAUAUGACACUGUGCGACUUCAUCCAGCCAUGGGAGUCCCUGACCCUUGCUCAGCGAAAGGGCAUGGACUCGCGCUACGAGAUGGGUUGUCAGUGCAGGAUCACCUACUGUGCCAGCGUUCCUUGUGCAAUUAGUGAUCCUGCUGAAUGUCUAUGGACUGACUGGCUUAUGGAGAACUCCGUGCAGGGUCCCCAAGGUCGGCACUACACCUGCAUAAAGAGGAAUGACGAUUCCUGCGCCUGGUACCGUGGAGCCGCGGCACCAAAGAAAGAGUUCCUGGACAUCGAAGAUCCAUAAACCUGCAGUCUUCUGACUUUUAUAGCCCCUUUUAGAAAAAUCUCUCUAACCCUGCUAUGGACUUUUUUUUUUUUUUUUUUUUUUUUUUUUUAAUAAAAUAAUCACUCCGUUAUGUACUUACAUUCUGUACUUUUAUAACAUGGUUCUGGUGACAUGAAAAUGAAAUAGAAUAUGGCAGAGAUGAGGUUCUCUGGUUUUUGUAAAGCACUUUGAGUCCCCAAUAGCACCAAGAUGCAACCAUGCUGUUUAGGAAAAAAAGUUUACUUGCUUUUCUUACCACUGUUUAAAUUUUUUUGGGUGGAAUUUAGAUGACUAAAAUAUAGAACAAUAUGUUGAUAUAUUAUUAAAGUACAUAAAUGAUUUAAAAAUUAAAAAAACUAAUUUGUUAUA